CUUUCUCUGACAAGAAUAAAUGUCUUGGAUAUGUACAGCAAAUUGUGCUGAGGGCUACGCUAGCCUCUUCAAUAGGAGAAAAUCAGGCUAUGUAUGCCCUACGAAGUCUUCUGGAGAAAAGCUUUGAUCUAACCCGAUCUAUUCGUGAAUUUCGAGUGCCUAAAUAUCUAGAUAGCAAUGCUUCAAUAACUUUUGAUGACAUUUGUUUCCAGGUAGAGGACCGAGUAGCUAGGUUUGGUGAGACGAGUGAUGAUUAUUUGCAAAUGCCGAAUUCUCGGGGCUCCGUUCCAGCUUCAGGAUCAUCCAUACUUAAUGAAGGAUUAACUGAUAUUGGGAAAGCCUUCGGGAAACUUCCAGCUUUUGGAGCCAAUAUCUUCAACGACUAUUCUCUCGACACUGAUGUGCUUCCUUUAUUCAAUUGCCUUCUUCUCUCACCUAGUUUACUUUGGAACAACGAUAUUUCUAAAUUUCGUUCUGACGCUGAUUCUGGACAUCUUUUUGCGAAACUUAAGGCCUUUUCUUCAUCCGAAGAGGCUGCAGUCCGGGAUCUUUUAUUUGGAAUGCCUUGGAAACUUUCUGGGAUACCAAAAAUAUCGUUACAAGACAAGCAAUAUAUAAUCUCUUUCGCAAUUACACUGGUGUUUCGGGAGUUUGACUUAAAUUUUAUCGAUGCUCUUCGCAAAAAUCUUUUAUCGCAUUACAAGAAUUCUAUCUCCGAAAAUCCUGAACCAAGUCGCGUAUUUCUUGUACGUUACAGGGAUCGCAGCUACCUGAUUGACUACUCACCACUUAUUGCAAUUUACAUCAUACUCUUGCUUUAUGUCCAUUUCUCCGUCCGUAAGUUACCCUAUCGAAUAGGUCAUCUUUUUAAUUUUUCAAAAUUAUUAUGCUGCUUUUCUGCCAUCAUUUAUUAA